AUGUCGAAUUCUACUAAAACGCGCGAUUCCGCUCUCAAUGCCAUUAAACGGUAUAUGGCAAAAAGUAUUGAUGAGGCAUUCACUAUGGAUGCAGAAAAUAUUGCAAGCUACCUUCAGUUAUUGAGUGAACAGUGGGUUCGUUUUAACGUUGCUCAAGACGCUGUAGAAAUUACUUGUGGUGCCGAUGUUAUUGAAAUUGAAGAAAAUGUGCGUAUCCAAGCCGAAACUUGGUACUCUACAGCUUCAGAUAACUUUAGCCGCGUGAAAAAUUGUCGUACUAAAUUGCAAGAUAGCUCCACAAAGGCAUCUUUGUCCACGGUUAUACGUUUACCGAAAAUGGAGUUGCCCACGUUAUCCGGUGACUCUACAGAAUGGAUUGGUUUUUUCGACGCGUUUUCCUCGUUAGUCGAUAGUAACUCUGCUUUAUCAUAUGGACAAAAGUUGCACUAUCUGCGAAGCUGCUUGAAAGGUGACGCGUUGAAAAUUAUCAGUGGUUUUAAAAUAUGUGACGCAAAUUACGUUGAAGCUUGGGGUCUAUUAACAUCGCGGUAUAAGGUUAUUCGUGUAAUUGUCGAAUCUCAUCUUCGCGCGUUGGCUGAAAUUAAAAGGGCUACGCAUGACAAUGCUGACACAAUCAAAGGUGUGAUUGAUGCGUUCCAACAGCAUAAUCGCGAGCUUAAAGCGUUGGGUCGUCUAAUGGAUUUUUGGGAUAAUUGGUUGUGUCUAAAAUACAACCCUAAAACUGCUCAGAAGGAAUCUGCCUCCGCGCUGAGGAGUCUGCUUGACGGCGUAACAUCAUCGAUACGGGCGUUACAACAUCUUGGACGUCCCGUUGAGCAAUGGGACGAUUGGCUGAUUUUUACUACCAUUCAUAAAUUAGAUCCCAUUACUCGAAAGGCAUGGGAGCUUUCCCUUAAAUCAAACGACAGCGUUCCGACAUUCAGGGAGCUAGAAGAGUUCCUUGCCAGCCGAACUCAGUCCCUAGAGAUAGUCCAGAGCUUCACUGAAGAUAAACCUCAUCCCUCUAGUAAAAGGGUUAACAACUUGCACGGUGUGUCUGGAUAUCAUACUACCUCAAACCGGUGCUCUAGCUGUUCCGGUAAACACUUCAUUAUGUUCUGUGGGGAUUUUCUCAAAUUGUCGCCUAAUGAACGAUACCAAUGUAUACUGAAGCGUAAGUUAUGCAUUAAUUGCCUCAGAGGCGGGCAUCAACAAUCCUGUUGUACUUCUGCUCGACGGUGUUAUACCUGUAAUGCCAAACAUCACACAAUGCUUCACGAAUAUUUUGCUUCAACCACGGCUAAUAGCAGUACGAAUCCUGUGUCAUUGCAUCAUGUACGUCAAUCAAAUCAUAAAUUUUCGAUUCCUCAAGUGAUACUUGGUACAGCAUUGGUUGAAGUGCGAUCUGAAUGUGGUCAUGUAAUUGUAUUGCGGGCUUUACUCGACAGUGGUGCAGAGGCAACAUUCAUAAGCGAAUAUGCAGUGAACUCACUCUGCUUACCUAAAUCAAAUGUUAAAGUGUCUAUUAAUGGUGCUAAUGGUAGUAGAGUCGCAACUGCCAAAGGACUAGUUACUUUCACACUACAUUCGCUCAAGAAUCUAGAUCUAGCAGAUCCUAAGCUUACUAUUCCUAAAUCCAUUGACAUAAUUCUCAACGGCGAAAAUUACGCCGCUGUGUUACUAAGCGGUACACGUCGCAGCUGUCAUAACAAUCUGGUCGCUCAAAACACACAGCUGGAGGAGUUAAAUUCGGCGACUAGCCUGACUGAAGAGGAGCGUUUCGUCGAAGAGUAUUUUCAAAACACAACAUGUCGACGGAAGGAUGGGCGUUACAUAGUACGCCUGCCUAUUAAACGUGACGUUGACUUGAAACAACUCAUCACUACCCAAUGUGAUGCAGUUGCCCUGCAUGGAAACUUGCAAAGGCGCCUAUCUCGAGAUGCAUCUAUGCGAACUAUGUAUACAGAUUUUAUGUAUGAGUAUUUGUCGCUGAAGCAUAUGCAACUCAUCACUGGUAACAUAAACUGCUUAUCACCUGUUUGUUUUCUGCCACACCAUGGGGUUUUGAAGGCUUCGAGUACAACAACGAAACUACGCGUCGUAUUCAAUGCUUCGAAGAAAUGCAGCUCGGGUAAAUCGCUAAAUGAUUGUUUAUAUCCUGGUCCUAAGUUGCAGAACGACCUAACAGCGGUUGUGAUGAACUGGCGCCGAUAUCAGAUCGCUCUCACAGGCGAUAUCACUAAGAUGUAUCGGCAAAUCUUGGUUGAUGAACGAGAUGUAGAUCUGCAGCGUAUCGUAUGGUGUCCAACGAAGCAUGAGCAUCCAUCGCAUUAUCGAUUAAAUACCGUUACGUAUGGCACCAGCUGUGCGCCUUACCUCGCGAUCAAAGUGCUGCACACUUUGGCAUCAGACGAAAAAUGCAAUUUCCCAGAAGCCACUCAGAUACUACUCCAUGAAUUCUACGUUGAUGAUGUUUUGACAGGUGCUGACAACGUUGCCGAUGCGUGCAGACGCCGAAGCGAGCUGCAGACUUUACUUCAAGCAAGAGGGUUCACUUUAUGUAAGUGGAAUUCUAACUCAACCGAAAUUUUGCAAACAAUUGACCCAAAUCAUCUCGAAUUUAAAACUUCACAUGAAUUUCAAAUGGACCAGCAGUCCAAUACAUUGGGUCUAGUAUGGACCCCCAAAUCUGAUUGUCUGACUUUUACGUUAAAGCUCGAUUAUACUAUUGCUACCUUCACGAAACGUCAAUUAUUAUCUGAUAUUGCUAAACUAUUUGAUCCACUAGGGUUUUAA